CUUUGCCCCUGCCUUGCACUGUGCUCCCAUCACAAGUGGCCAGACCUCUCCACCAUGAUGUUGGGCAUCAGGGUAUUCCUACAGAAAAUCCUGAUUCUUCUGCAGGUUACUCUGACUGUUGUUGUUGGCAAAACACUGAUGAUACUGUUCCCCAACGCCAUGAAAAGAUACAUCCUAAAGAUGGGUGAAAAGAGCAGAAUGAACCGGAAUCCAAAGUUCAGCUACGAAAACUGGGGCCCGACUUUUUUCAGCUUCAAAUAUUUGCAAUUUGUGCUGAAGGUGAAGUGGAAGAGGCUGGAGGAUGAAGCCUACGAGGGACACCCUGCCCCCAACACGCCAGUGGUGACCCUCGGCGGGGAAGUUUGUCACGUCCUGGAUUUCAUGAAAGAUAACCGACCUUUAAUCCUGAAUUUUGGAAGCUGCACCUGACCUUCAUUUAUGCUAAAAUUUGAUGAGUUCAACAAGCUCAUCAAAGAUUUCAGCUCAAUAGCAGAUUUCCUUAUCAUCUACAUUGAGGAAGCUCAUGCAGUAGAUGGAUGGGCUUUUAAAAACAAUAUCAUUAUUAAAAAUCACAGAAGCCUUGAAGAUCGAAAAGCUGCAGCACAAAUUCUUCAGAAAAAUCACCCUCUGUGUCCAGUGGUUUUAGACACUAUGGAAAACCUGAGCAGUUCAAAAUACGCUGCGCUGCCAGAACGACUCUACAUGCUUCAAGGAGGGAAGGUCCUCUACAAGGGAGGAGUGGGGCCCUGGAAUUACCACCCCCAGGAAAUACGUGCCAUCCUGGAAAAACUGAAAUAGGAAAAAAAAAAAAAAAGACUCUGAAGUAAAAACUAUCUGGAUAAAGAAGUUCAAGGAUAAUUUGUCACAGACCUGAGUCUAAGGACCAAAAAAAUAUUUCAAAACAGCCAUAGAGACAAGAAAAGAAGAAUGUUGUAUGUGAAUGUAAGGAGCAUCUAGAAUAAUGUUCAUUAUAUUUGUCUAGAAGCUCUCAGGUGUCAUCCCUACAACACCAACUUCUGUUCUACAGUAACUUACUACUCUUAAACCACAUGCAGUAACCUGGGAGCUGGCUCCAUGGAGCUCUGGACACCAACAUUUACACUUGUAAGGAAUAUCCUGCAGGAUAAACUUCAGGGUGGCGACAUUUCCAAGAGUCCACUGGCAGACAAAGCAACUGAUUUCAUUACUACACACAUUGCAUUUGUAUAUAUAAAAUAGUCCCUUUCACUGACUUCAGAAGGCUUCUGAGCAAGACAAUCUCUACUAACACUUGUUUCCAUGAGUAUUUGUUAUGAUGGUCCCAGCAUAAAGCACUGGCGGCUGCGACCUGAUUCUAGAAAAUAUUUAUAGAAACAAGGGAUUGAUCUACAAUUAUUAAAAGUCUAUCAAAGUACUUCA